UUUCGGCCUUUUUAUACCCUCAGCAAGAGAGAAACGAGAGAAACCAAAACAAAGAGAAAGAAUGGGAUCCGACUCGAAGCAGGUUUCCAAAAUCCCCAAAAUCGACCUCUCUGGUCUCCACUCAUCCGUUGCCGGCGGUGAGCGUUGGGAAGCUUCGAAAGAGGAAGUGGCGGCGGCUCUUUUCUCUCACGGCUGCUUUGAGGCGUAUUUCCCCUCCUUCUCGCAUGAGCUCCUGGAGGCGAUGUUUGGCAGCGCCUUGCCGGAGAUAUUCGCUCUGCCAUCGGAGACCAAACGACGUCUGAAGUCCGACGAACUCUACCAAGGUUACAUCGGACAGAUACCACACCUGGCCUACGAAAGCCUAGCGUUCGACGACCCCCUCUCGCCGACGGCCGUUGAGGAGUUUACCAAGCUCAUGUGGCCAGAAGGAAAUAGCAACUUCUGCAAGACAGUGGAGGCCUUUGCAAAAGUUUUGCAUGAAUUGGUGGAGAUGGUACAGAUGAUGAUAGUUGAGAGCUUGGGGGUGGAGAAGCACUAUGAUUCUCUCGCGAGUUCAAUUACAUAUGCAGUUCGGCUGUCUGAGUAUGGAGUUCCUUUAAAUCAGGAUACAAAGAUUGGUUUGGAUCCUCAUAAGGACCCAAAUCUUGUCACAGUAGUUUGCCAGAGCAAGAUUGAAGGAUUAGAAGUUCAGACUUUUGAUGGAGAUUGGGUCAGCGUCGAUUCAUCUCCCAACUCUCUCACUGUCAUAGUUGGCCAAGCUUUUCAGGCAUGGAGUAACAUGAGAGUGCGAGCCCCAAAUCACCGUGUGAGGGUUUUAGGAAAGGAGAAGAGGUUCUCUGCCCUUUUUUCUUCUCGGCCGAGCCCUAACUCCAUGGUUAAAAGUCCUGAGGAGCUUGGUGAUGAGGACCAUCCUUUACUUUUCAAGCCUUUCAACUACACUGAGUUCGUUAAGUUUCUCUACUCUGAGGAAGGAAGGAAGACCAAGGAUCCUUUCAAUGCUUAUUGUAGAAUCAGUAAUGAAGAAGCUGCAUGAGAUCUUUUAUAUGUAUUGAGAACUUUAUAAAGCUAGUUUGCAUAAAUCUGUAUUCGGUGGUGUUAUGGUACGUACGUACUUAUUGAAGCUAUGGCUUUUCUGAAUGGUUGAAGGAAUUAAAGAUGUAGUACUGUGUGAUCUUACUGUCAUUUGCAUGGUUUUAAUAAAAAGAUCUAAGCUUACUUAAAAA